AUGAGCGUGGUUCCCAAGGACUCGGACCCGCCGGUUAAGACCCAGGAGACUGCGAUCGAUCAGGAUAGGUUAGUCAAAACAAAACAGGAUUGGCCUAAACUUUACAAGCUUCUAAUUGGUCCAAGUUUCCGACCGAUCGGAUAAUUUACUAGUGAUUCGAAGCCAGUUUAGUCCUAAUCCAAGACUUUGAGCAAAUCCUGAAUCAUUGUUCACAAAGAGCAUUACAAAUUUAACGGAAGUCAUUCGAAAAGUACUGUAAACAAUGUAAUAGAGGGGCAUGACAAUACCGUUCAUUCAAGACAAUAUAUCUCAGUUACUGGUAAAGGAGUCAAAAUGUUGUAAACUAAUAAAAUGUUUAUUAGGAAUUUGUGUACAUUUUAUUAGUUGACAACUUUUUGAUAUAUACACAAACAGCGGAGAUAUGUACAUCGUUUUCCAGCAAACGCUCGCCCUUACACGAACGCUCGACGACAUGGAGCGCCAUCUGGAUCCUGAGUAUAAUGCAGUUCGUGGACGGUCUCCAGUUCUCCGUCUACUACAUGUCCAUGUGGCCGUAUCUUUCCGGCCACGACAAAACUGCCGACAUGGACUUUCUUGGAUGGGUCGUCGCCGCGUGCAGUCUCGGCUGCAGUAUUGUGAGUGCUUUUUCUAAAACGCUUAUUAAAUUGUCAACAAAAUUGCAGUCAUGUCCCCUCUACGGCUACUGGAACCAAAAAACGCUCUCAUGCAAAUGGCCCACCAUUUGCGGUUUCCUAAUCGCCGCACUCGGACAAGUGAUGUACGGAGCGGCGAGUGAAAUUCAGGAGAACGCAAAAUGGUACAUGCUCGCGGCCCGAUUGAUAACCGGAUUGGGAACGGGCAAUACGGCCGUCAUGAAGGCCUACUCGGCCACGGCUUCCGCUCCGAAGGACCGCCUCAAAGCGAUUUCGUAUGGAAUCGCCGGCACCGUACUCGGCGUCUCUUUUGGACCCGUCAUUUCGGUGAGGUUCACUUGUUUUUGUGACUAUGAUCUCAAUUUAACCGAAUGCGAAUCCAUUCAGGCCGCAUUCACUCCGAUCGGCGAGAAAGGUGUGACUCUAUGGAUGGUCCGACUGAACAUGUACACCUCCGUCGCCUACCUCAUGGCGCUCAUCUGCAUCACCGUCUCGGCGGUCAUGUUCUUCUUUUUCACCGAGGACUAUGCCGGAAUAAUCGAGAAGGAGACUCACGACGAGAAAAGUGAGUUCGAGACAACACAAUAACAUGUUAGACGUGAGAGUGUUCUCAGAUAAUAGCACUAUAAUCGUCCCGAAAUACGAUAUGAUGCCAGCGUUGAUUUGCAUCUAUCUCAACAUGAUCAUCACGAGUAUCGCUACUAAUAUUGAAGUGUAAGAUUCAAAUAUUGCCUCGAGACUCACUAAAUGAUUCCAGAAUCUCUACCCCGCUCACCACUGUUCUCUAUAACUGGAAGGACUCGGACGCGAUUCUCUACAACGGAAUUCUCGAAUUCUUUGCUUGCAUUCUGGCCGUCCUUGUCAACUUUGCCUUUGCGAAAUCAUGGAUUGGAAAUGUGUACGUGCCCGGGAAACAAAAAACGAUGAAUCGGAAUAGGUUUCUAGGGAUCGAAGGCGGCAAAUAGUGAUCGGAAUCGUUUUGUUCAUCGGUUUCAACGUGGUCAUUUAUCCGUGGUCUUUCUAUCCGGGACCACUCGAUUUUCUGCCUCCAGGUUUGUUCACAUUGCCUCUGUACACAGAGUUACCAUAUAACCCGUGAGACUACUAUACCGUCUUAUUCAAAAUGAUGUAUCUCAGCUGGUUGUGAUGAUAUCAAAAAGUGACCAACUAGUAAAAUGUACAAAAUGUCUUAGUGCAAAAAUUUGUAGUUGACAACUUUUUGACAUCUCUACAGGCAGCUGAGAUAUAUCGUUUUGAAUAAACGGUACUCGAGGUGCCGCUUUAGAGAAGUGAUUCUCAAGCAAAAUUCUUUUUGAACAAACGUGCUAGAAAAUUAGGCUACACAGACUGUAAUAUGAUAAUUUUUACUAAAAACGAUAGCUUUUUGACACUCCUUUGUUUAGGAAUGAACACGAGCGAAGUGGGCGGCUGUCUGCAUUCGUACACGUGGUGCAGCGGGACCACCCGAGUGCCCAUGGUCCUCUACAUCUUCGUCUUCGUCUUCUUCUUCGGCAUCGCGUUCCCGUGUGUCGAGUCGCCCGCCUGUGCCCUCUACUCGGAAAUACUGGGACCACGGAAGCAGGGGACCAUGCAGGGACUGUUCACUUUCGGCGGAACCGCCACUCCUUGCAUAGCUUCCAUCCUUCUCACGUAAGUUUGGAAAAAAGUUCUGAAGUUGCGAACUUUUACCGACUUUGUAUGGCUCUCAAGAAACUUGGUCCUUUUCAGAUAUCUGUUCCAACACUCUGGCUACCGGUACGUGGUCCUUUUCCAGUUCACGAGUCUCUUCAUCGCUCUCCUUCUCGUCCUUUUCUACUACAAUCGAUUGGUUCCGUUGAAGUUGCGGGAAGUGUCGAGGGGCAAUGUGAAAACCGAAGAGGACAGUCCUUUUUGA